GGCACUAAUGUUUAAGUAAUUGUACUUGGACAGCAUGAAACCAUGUGCUUGGUGCAUUCUUAUGUAUGUAUAUGCGUGUAGUUGUUUACUUAUCUUAGUGGGGAGAGAAAGAAGGAGAAUGAGAGUGAGCGUGUGUGUGUGUGUGUGUGUGUUAAGCAGACAAUUAUAGAAACUGCAAUGUAUAUAUAGUAGUUAACUUUGGAAUAUAAUUAUUGGAGAAAGUAAAACAAUAUGAGAUCUUCCCAAGUUGAUGUUGAUGGAAUCCUACGUGCUCUGGGACAAACAAAAUUUUUCCACACCACUCAAUUCAUCCUGAUUUGUGCUUCUGCAAUUAUAGCAUCGACAAAUAGUUUUUUCUACGUAUUCUUUGCCAUCACCCCUGAAUACAGAUGUAAUAAUCUGACAGAGUUUCAGCUCAAUCAAUACAACAUAUCGAUUAAUGAAGCCAGUUUGAUAUAUGAUAAAUGCUCCAUAGACAUCAUCAUUACCGAUGGUGGGCUUACUACCGAAAAUCGAACUCUGGACUGUCUGGAUGGUUAUUACUAUACCACACCAGUUGAGAAGUCUAUAGUGUCACAGUGGGACCUGGUCUGCAACAAUGUAGGAUUGGCUGAAUCAACUCAAACGGUUUAUACUUUGGGUCAAGUGAUCAGUGGUCUGUUGGCACCAUGUUUGAUAGAAAAAUUCGGACGAAAACCUACGAGAGUGUCAAGUAACAUUUUGCUUGUGGUCUUGAACUUAAUCGCAGCAUAUUCUCCGUCUUAUUGGCUGUUUGCAACAAUGAGAUUUUUGAUUGGAGGAGUUCGUGAGGUAUAUAUUCUUACCUCUGUAACAUUGAUUUGUGAAUUAUACCCGAAGGAAAGACGAAUUAUUAUGUCUUGUGCGUUUAUGUUUAUUUGGGGUAUUUUUACGUCUUCUUCCGGUUUGAUAGGCUACAUGUUGAAGGAUUACAGUUGGAAUACGUUAUUCUUGGUUAAUGUUAUCCUCUCGGGAUAUUUUCUUGUGGAUUUCUUUUUCCUGGAGGAAUCUCUCCGGUGGUUAUUUGCCAAUUCGAAAAUAAAAGCAGCCAAGAAAAUUAUCAAAAAAGCUGCGAAACAAAACAAAGUUGAUUUUAAUAAUGUCUGGAGUAUUACAUUGAAAGAUGUUUCAAAUGAUGAUGUUAAUCCCGUAAAUGAAACCAGUUCUGAAUGCCGAAGCAGCGAAUCCACAGCCCCGAUUGACAUCACAACAGCACAACCGGAGAGUGAAAAAGACAUCUCAAUGUUUUCCCAUUUACUCGCUUUCUUUAAAUCAUCAUAUCUGAGAAAAGUUACCAUAGUUCUUUCUAUAGAAAUGGCUGUAAAUGUAACAGCAUGGAACAGUAUUGUACAAAUGCUGGAAGUUCUUGUUGGUAACAUGUAUCUAAACUUUUCUUUGAUGUCUAUGUUUGAUACUGUUUCAGUCGGGGUUUACACUGUUAUAGCUAAAAGAUUCGGUCACAAAAUAUCAUUACACUUCCUGAAGACACUUGCUACUGUAUUUCUUGUAUCUGUAUCCUUGCUAAAAUUAUUGGCUGAGAGCAGUAAAGCGACGGAAUACGCCAUCCUCAUUUUGUAUACGUUAGCAACCGCUCAAGUGAGUGCUGCCUCCUGUGGUGAUUUAAUCUACACCUCAGAAAUCUAUCCUACACGCAUACGAACUUUUGGAAGUGGUUUUGUUACAACUUUCAUGCGAUUUGUAUGUAUGGUAUCACCUUUCCUCAAACUCUUGGCUUUGGCAUUUCCGUGGACUCCUGGUAUUAUCAUAGGAAUCAGUUGCAUACUUUCUUCAAUUCUGGUCCAAGUAUUUUUACCAGAAACUGGAAACCGCGUUUUACCACAGACAAUCGAAGACGUGAACAUGUCGAAACAGAAAAAUAACAGAGACGAUCAAAAACUUUAAAGUGUGUCGUAAAAAUAUGAUCAUUAUAAUUCGAAAGGGUGUCAGAUAGCAAGAGUAAAUUCAUUACAAAUUCACAAUAUGAAGUGUGUGCUGAUGUGAUAUAAUAUACAUACAUACAUACAUACAUGCAUAUAUACCUAUACAUACACACAUAAAUAUAUAUAUAUAUAUAUAUAUAUAUAUAAUGAGAGAGAGAGAGAGAGAGAGAGAGAGAGAGAGAGAGAGAGAGAGAGAGAGAGAGAGAGAGAGAGAGAGAGAGAGAGAGAGAGAGAGAGAUAUUAAAGAAUAGGAGGAGUUUAGUUCACUGGUGAUUUAAACGAAUAGGUACGCUGAAUAAGUGCUAUAGUUGGUCGUCAUUUAGGGUCCAAGUUACAGCUGAAGCUGGAUCUAGGGAUCCGUAUUAGGGUUCUGUUAUAGCAAGUGUGUAUUAUGUUAGAGGAAAAAGCAAGAACCAUGGCAGAACGAGUAUAUCAAGUCAUGUAGAAUAAUUCAAUUAGGAUAAUGUGAAUUUAAAGUCUUACAGUCGUUUCUGGAAUAACCCAAGUGGUAGGUUAUCAUGUUCACACAUUGGGUAGCCCGUCAUAAGAGAAAAGGUAUGAAAGAAUCCCUAAUGUGCACACCGAAUGCACAUAUAUAUACACAUAACAAUACAGAAUACAUAACAGUAUUCAUUUACCCAAAUAUAUAAAAAAAAUUAUAGAUAAUUAACAAAAAUUAGUUAACAGGUGCUUUUAUACAAAUAUCAAUAUAUAUACAUAUAUGCAUACUUACAUAUAACCUGAUACACACACACAUAUAUACAUAUACCUUUUCAUAUAAAUUCGUGUACGUUUUUAUACACAAAGAGGUGACUUUAACAUGACACCUUACAUGCUGGAAAGGGCAGUUAAAGCUCAAGACACGAAUGAGAGCAAUUUCAAAGAGAAUGAAACAUAAAAACAUUUCGAUAGUUCAGUUCUAUAGUUAAGAGAUAAGGAAUUGUGUACAUUAUUUACAUUAUUUACAUUUGACGGAUAUUUGUCCUCAUCUUGUUUGUUGGUAACACAACGUUUCGGCUGAUAUAACCUCCAGCCUUCAUCAGGUGACUUGGGGAAAUUUCGAACCUGGGUUCUCAUUCCUAAAGUAUUUUCGAUGUUAUUAUUAUUUUUCAGGUCACUGCUUGGAAUCGAACUUGAAUCUUGGGUCUAGUAGCCCGCGCUCUUAACCACUACGCCAUAUAACCUUACACUUGAGUUUCAGCAUCAAUGUGCAAAUAAAUUAAUUUGCCAUCCGUGCAACAGUGAAUAUACACGUAUUCGAUUCAUAUACAUUAUAAAUUUUCAAAUCCACCGCACAAGCGCAGCUUAUAACCGGCAACAAAUGAUAAUGAGAAUUAAAACUGCGUACCAAAGACCUUCAAAAUUGCUAAAAUUAUAAUAAGGGCAGAAAAUUUUCUACCCCUUAUAUGUGUGUGUGUGUGUGUGUGUGUGUGUGUGAUUCUAACCAAUUUACUAAAUAAUAUAUAUACAUAUAUAUACGCACAUACAAAUACACAUAUUCAUAUACACAU